CCUCCGCCGCUGCCCGAAAACAAAACCAAUCACAACCCACCCCCCUCUAUUCUCAUCUCCCCACCGCCACCGCCGCCACCGCCGCCGUCGCCGCCACCGCCUCUCUUCUAAUCUCUACUCUUCAUUCAUUCCUUCAUUCGUGACCUCAUCAUCUCUCUCUCUCAAUCCUUCUUCUUAGUGUGUGUUGUGUUCUCUUCUGUUUAGAUUAAUGGGUUCGAUGGGUUGUGGAUGGAGAUUUUGUUAGCGAGGGGAAGAUGGGGUGCCGGAGCUCGAAGGCGGAGGAGCCGCCAGUAGUGGCGCUGUGCAGGGAGCGGAGGGAGCUGAUCAGGGCGGCCGCCGACCACCGCUUCGCCCUCGCCACCGCCCACGCCGCCUACUUCCGCGCCCUUGACCGCGUCGGCGAGGCCCUCCACCGCUUCGUCCAGGAGGAGCUGGAGGCGGCAGCGGCGGGGCCGCCGGCCCUGGCUUCCCCGGUCAUUACUCUGCCCCCUUCUGAUGGAAAGGGGAAGGACACAUCUGGUGCCCGUAGAUCCGAUGGUGGCGGUAAUGCCGGUGAUGUCGGUGCCUCGUCGUCGUCUUCUUUGAGAACGAUCUCUCACGCGCAUUCCUCCGACCGCCACCUGCAUUUCCCUUCCGAUUCUGAUUCCGAAGAGAUUUCAGAAGAAGAGGAUGAAGACAUUCAAGAAGUUCCGCAACAAAGUAGUAGAAGCAAUGAAGGAUUAGAAACAGGAGGAGGAGGGAAAGGAAAUUCGUCAUCUCGUCAUCCGAAUCCUUCUCCACCAUUCUCUUCUUUUCCUCCAUUUUCUACCGUUCCUCCUCCUUUCUACGCCGUCUCUCCUCCUUUCUCAAACUAUCCAGUUCCUCCUUCCUCGAGCUAUCAAAUCCCUCCUUUCUCGGCUGUCCCUCCUUCUUACUCUAACUAUCCAAUUCCUAAUUACUACUAUAUGAAGUCAUCUGCCACGAUUCCGACCACAAUCUACCAGGAACCUUAUACAGGAUGGUCGGAUUCGGGCUAUAUGGGAUACGGGUACGGAUAUAGCAACCCCUUGUACAGAUCGCCGCCGAUGGCUCCCGUUGGAGAUGAGUCCUUUCACUGGAAUCAAGAAGUGAGACCUGCUACUCCACCGCCGCCGCCACCACCACCGCGACCGCCGCCGCCGCCGCCGCCGCCGCCUGGGGGAUCCUCCUGGGAUUUCUUUAAUCCUUUUGAUUCUUAUGAGCAGUUCUACUCUGAACUCUUGAAGGAGAAGUAUGGGAUGGGUUCGGUGACGAGCAGUCCGAAUUCAAGCGAGGUGAGGGAGCGGGAAGGCAUCCCUGAUUUGGAGGAGGAGACUGAGCAGGAGAUUGUGAAUGAAGAUGUGGAAUUGAGGAAGGAGGUCGAUGGAAGUCCAGGAGACAUGUAUUCUGGUGCAGGGAGUUCGAAGGCUGCAGCAGUGGAACGAGAAGUGGGUGAGAAGGAAGAUACAAUCGUCUCCGGCGUGAAGGAGAGUCAGAGCAAUUCUGAAGUCAGUGAAGUGAAGGGCAGUGGGGAGGAAGCACACCCGAGGAACAAAGGUGCAAGCUUUGAAGAGGAAACAUCACUGGUCACUGAGGACAGUGGACCGAGCAAAGUGAGUGCAGUGUAUGCUCAUGGUACCAGGGAUGUUGUGGAAGCUGUGAAGGAGAUCAAGGAACAAUUUAAAUCAGCAGCCAGUAGUGGUGAAGAAGUCUCGAAAAUGCUUGAGGUGGGCAAAUUACGUUACAGAUCCAGGAGUAGAAUUCUAAGUGUGAUCUUUUCUUGGAUUUUGGAUUCCAUGGCUGCACCAGGGUCAACAUCUAGCCGCGCAGCUGCCGAGAAAUAUAUUGAUGUUGAGCCCGACAAGCUUUCAGCAACACUGGACAAACUGUAUAUAUGGGAGAAGAAACUUCAGAAAGAAGUCCAGGAAGAAGAAAAAUUGCGGAUCAUAUAUGACAGGGAGUGGAGGCGACUGAGAGGUUUGGAUGUUAGUGGUGCAGAAUCCAAUGAGAUAGAUUCUACUCGGGCUUCAAUACGAAAAUUGCUCACGAGAAUAAACAUUGCCAUCAGAUCUGUGGACACCAUCUCAAGCAGGAUACACAAGUUAAGAGAUGAAGAACUGCGGCCCCAGCUUAUUGAAUUAAUCCAAGGAUUGAUAAGAAUGUGGAAAUCCAUUCUUGAUUGUCAUCGCAGGCAGUUCCAGGCAAUAGUUGAAAGCAAAAGCCAAAGUCUGAUAGUGAAAACUGGGACCCAAAGAAAUUCGGCUGCAAAGGUGACCAUAGAAUUGGAGCUGGAGCUCCUGAACUGGUGCUCAUGUUUUGGCAAGUGGGUCCGCAUCCAAAAAUCUUAUAUUGAAGCCUUGAAUGGAUGGUUAAUGAAAUGGCUUCUUCAGGAAAAGGAAGAAACACCUGAUGGUGUUGUACCAUUCUCCCCAACCAGAAUUGGUGCUCCUGCUGCUUUCAUCAUGUCAAAUGAUUGGUACCAUAUGAUUGAACGAAUAUCAGAAGCUGAAGUGAUAAAAGCAAUGCAAAGCUUUGCUGUGAGUGUUCAUGGGUUAUGGGAGAGACAAGAUGAGGAGGAGCGCCAGAAACUGAAGGCUGAGUAUCUGUCCAAAGAUUUCACCAGACGGCUCAGGUCACUGCAGAAGGAAAGUGGGAUGCAUGGGCAUCUCGAUAUAUUGGAUAGGACAGCUAUCUCUGUCUCCAACAAUGAUGGAGCUUUUCAUGAUGACCGUAUGAUGGCUUUAGAUGAAAUGAGAAAAAGAUUAGAUGAAGAGAGAGCCAAGCAUGAAGAAACAAUAAAACAGGUCCAAGAGGUGGCUGCCAGCAAUUUGAGGACAGGUUUAAUUCCAAUAUUUGAAGCAUUAGGGAAUUUUACUUUUGAGACGCUGAAAGGUUAUGAGCAAGUCAGAAUACCAGAUGGCAGUGCAGGUACGUAAGCUCUGUGCCACCAGUUUUGUUGAAUUUACCGGGAUUCUCAAGUGUUUCCUUUUGGUUUGGAGGCAAGAAAGUGGAUUUUACCGUGAUAAAAAAAUGACUCUCCACGGUUAUCGCCUGUGAGCAGAGUGAACAGUAAGUUCAGAAAGACCCCAGUAAUUGCUCUGACUUCAUUUAUAAGUUGA